AUGAAAAUUGAUGAAUUACUUCUAGAGCUGUUAGCAAACAAAACUGAAGAAGCAGGAGAGCAGGGUCUACAGAUUGAAGCACUACAGGUGACCAGCACUAUUGCUCCAAUUAUGAGCAAAGAAUCAAAAAAUACUAGAGAUAAAGCUCCGAUUUUCAAGCUGCUGUUAGCGAACAGAGCCGAAGAAGCAGGAAAGCAAGGUCAAGCGUCUUCCCUGCUUCGGGAACUGACUCUUUGCAAUAAUUGCUCAAAGUCAGAGCUUCGAGUGACGAAAUCACAAGGCCCAAUUACUGAUUACACUGCAUGGCAUCCACAUCACCUAAGAGCUUAUGCUCCUGCCUCUUCUUCAGCUAUCUAUAUA